UUUGUGUGUGCUAAAAUACUACAAAAGUGCAUCUGAAGAGAUCUCAACAGUCGCGUUGCAUCGCAUCGCAUCUCGUUUAUUCACUCUCGAUCGGAUUAAAAUCGCAAUGCUCCAAGUUGGAUAGAGCGUCAUUCAAUGUCUAUUCGUUUCUCAAACUGAAUUGAUUACUCAAAAUUGUUAGGGUUUUUUUUGAUUACUCAAAUUUUCGCAGUUCUCUUUUUGAUAAUUGUUGAACAUUGGGGCUGUAAAACGAAUUGAGUUGUUUUCUUUCUCAUUUUGAUUUGAUUAGUUCCUUUCUCUGCUCAUUAGGGUUUGUGCUAUUUGGAGAGGAAAGAGCAGAAAAAAAAAUGACGAAACGUCAUAGUAGUCGAAAGGUCUCUUUCUUUGAUGAGUUCUUUAAAAUAUAUCUGCCUGAUCAGAGCUCACAAUGUCUGCGUGUACCACCUGCUUUUGUCAAGAAAAUCAAUGGAACCAUACCUAAUAAUGCCAAACUUAAAGAUCAUGGUGGAAAUGUUUGGCACGUGGAGGUGGAAGAAGAUGAAAAUGGUGUAUAUUUCAAGAAUGGAUGGCAAAGAUUUGCGAGUGAUCAUUCUUUAGAGUUUGGGAACUUCUUAGUUUUUAAAUAUACAGGAAAUUCGUUAUUUGACGUUAAAAUAUUUGGGAAGAAUGGAUGCAUGAAGGAAGAAGCUCUAGCAAACAAACACAUGAAUGAAGAAACUGUUGAGAAGACUGCCAUAUCUGUUAAGAUUGAACAAGAAUCAGAAGAAGAGCAGAUUCGUUCUAAGAAUAUUCAAAAUUGCAAACUGAAGUAUUCAGAAAUAGGCAUGAAAAGAUCUGUAAAAUCUGAAGGUUGUGAUGAAGUUGGCCGACGUAAAUCACAAAGAAUUGCUUCAAAGACAAUUAAACAACAUGGAGGAUUUGAUGCAUCAAACUUGCAUUUUAUUCCAUCUGUCCAUCCUACAGCCAUGAAAAGAUCUGUAAAAUCUGAAGAAGUAAGCCGGCAUAAAUCACAAAGUACUCCUUCAAAGAUCAUUGAGCAACACACUGCAUUUGAUGCAUCAGAGUUUGUUGUACCAACAAAUCCACAUUUCAUUGCAUCUUUGUAUCCAUCAGCGCGUUACCGUCUGACCCUUCCUCGACAGUGGUUGGUUAAAAAUGGUAUCAAAAUGGAGCCAGAAAUGGUGUUGCGUGAUCAGAAUGGGAAGUUGUGGCCUGUGAAAGUUACUUCUCGGUUGGAUGGCCGACUUACUUUCACAAAUGGGUGGGCUGAUUUUUGGAAGGAGUACAGUCUUGGAUUGAAUGACCAGUGCUUAUUUGAGUUUGCUUUUCGCAGAGGUAGAAGACUAAGCAGAGAAAUACAGGUGCAAAUUCUACGUUGAAGGGCACAGAAACUCCACAGGUACCCUAGAAAGAGGCGAGUGUAGCUUUGAGGCACUGGGAGGAAAACCUCAGGAAUGGGUAAUUUUUUUGGCACAUUAUGGAACAGUUACAUGUAUCUAACCUAAGCAGUGGAGAAAUGGGGAUAGGAAGGCAUGAAAGGAACAAGGGUGGAACUUACAAUCUCCAGCUUAGGAAUUGGUAGUUGAAUUUUACUCAUUUUGCUUGAUGUGUGCGUAGAUUUAUAAUAUUUUGCCAUAACUCGAGCGGUCUUGUUGUUGAUCAGUUGUACUGGGUUUUGAUUUGAAAAGUGAGGCUUGGUUGACUUGUUGAAUCCAAGAGGUGGUGGUUGAAAUCUGGUCUAGUGUUCUCGUGGUGGAGAGCAAAAAAAUGUUGCCACGGUGGUCCUCUCUACCUUGGAUGAACGUUUAGGCGCUUUAGUUUUUUGCGAUUAUGUCAUGAAUCCUCCAAAUUAUCUAUAAUAAAAAAUAAAAAAUAAAAAACUUGGCAUUCAGGAUUGAA